CCCUCACGCAGCCGCCUCCCGCCCCCACAUCCCCCUGUCUGCUUUUGGGGAGGAUUCCUAAGGAAUACGUGAAGGGAAUGACGGGAAUGUGGAGUAUUUGAUUCCGUGGGGUUUGUUGGUACCCUAAAGAUUCUCUGCCGCGGUUCUCUGGGCUCAGUGUUGUGUCUGCCCUCGGGAUAAUCACCUGUCUUUGGGAUCGGGAUCGAUAUUCGGGAAUCGACAGAGAGAUGGAGAAAGUUUUGGGGCGCCAAAGGUGUAAAGUGAAGAGGGAGAGAGGAGGGAAGGGGUUGAUCGCCUCUGCUGCGGGAUCAGGAGAAGAUGUUUUAUGGGAAAGGGUUAAAAAGAUGGAAUAUGUGAAGGGAGCGAUGGGACAGGGGAAUGAACACCCCAGGAAAUUUGGUUCAGGGUCACUUCAGAGCCAGGGUUUGCUGCUCCGGCUCUCUGCGGACCUGGCUCUGUGCUCUCAGCAGUUAUCUUGCCCCCUGAAUCACGCUGGACUUUGGGAUUUUGUCAAAAUUCAGGGGUCGACUUCCUCGUGUGAGUCACAAUGAACAUCCUUGCUUUCUCUUUAGUAAAAAGAGCAAGGAGCUUUUGGAAUGCUGAGGCAGUUCUGGGGCUGUGUUUGGGAGAAUCCCGAGGAAAGGACUCCGGAAAGAUUUUGGCCCUAGUGCCAGAAUUUCCUGAAUGCAGCAUCCACGUGUUUUUCCGGGUUGUUGAAAGGCAAACCAAGUUUCUUUUCAUUCAAGGGGCAGAGAUGAGGCGUGAGCUCCCUCUCUGUGAAACCAGAGCUGUGAGGGCAGGACUAGGGUGGUAAAUUUGGGAUUACACGAGCUGUUGUGUAAUGCAGAAAGGAGAUUAGCUGGCCGGGAUUGGGAAGGGAGGAAAACACCCCGGGAUGUUCCCUGAACGUGUGACACAGCUCCGUGUUUCCAGGCUGCACUGGCUCAGCUGUGUGUUUUUAUUGCACCUAAUGCCUGGUUCCAGAACAUUUUGUGGAAAACUGAGGAGUUGAGUACACCUAAAACCCCAGCUGGAGCCAGUGCCUUCCCUGAAGGGCUGCCCAUGGUGGGAGUGGCCGAGCCCCUGCAGUGUCCCGGGAUGGCCUCGAGGUGAGGGUGUGGCUGAGGAUGACCCUGACUGAAAGGCUGCGCGAGAGGAUUUCGCGGGCGUUCUACAGCCACGGGCUGCUCUGUGCCUCCUACCCCAUCCCCAUCAUCCUCUUCACUGGCCUCUGCAUCCUGGCCUGCUGCUACCCCCUGCUGAAGCUGCCACUGCCCGGGACCGGCCCGGUGGAGUUCAGCACGCCGGUGAAGGAUUACGCUCCCCCCGGGGCGGGGCCGCAGCCCGGGGACCCCGGCGAGCGCCCGGACUGGUACGUGGGGGCUCCCGUGGCCUACAUCCAGCAGAUCUUUGUGAAAGCCACCGUGUCCCCGUGGCAGAAGAACUUCCUGGCUGUGGAUGUGUUCCGCUCGCCGCUGUCCCGAGUCUUCCAGCUGGUGGAGGAGAUCAGGAACCACGCCCUGAGGGACAGCUCCGGGGUCAGGAGCCUGGAGGAGGUUUGUCUGCAGGUCACAGACCUGCUGCCAGGCCUCAGGAAGCUGAGGAAUCUGCUUCCAGAGCACGGCUGCCUGCUGCUGUCCCCGGGGAACUUCUGGCAGAACGACCGCGAGCGCUUCAAUGCCGACCCCGAUAUCAUCAAAACCAUCCACCAGCAUGAGCCAAAGACCUUGCAGACGUCAGCCACGCUCAAAGACCUGCUGUUCGGGCUGCCUGGCAGGUACAGCGGUGUCAGCCUGUACAACCGGCGCCGCGUGGUGUCCUACACCGUCACCCUGGGGCUGCAGCACUACGACUCCAGGUUCCUGAGCAGCCUCCGCUCCCGCCUGAAGCUGCUGCACCCCAGCCCCAACUGCAGCCUGCGGGAGGAGCACGUGGUGCACGUGCACUUCAAGGAGGAGAUCGGCAUCGCCGAGCUCAUCCCGCUCGUCACCACCUACAUCAUCCUCUUCGCCUACAUCUACUUCUCCACACGGAAGAUCGACAUGGUGAAGUCCAAGUGGGGCCUGGCGCUGGCAGCGGUGGUGACGGUGCUCAGCUCCCUGCUCAUGUCCGUGGGGCUCUGCACCCUGUUCGGCCUCACACCCACGCUCAACGGCGGGGAGAUCUUCCCAUACCUGGUGGUGGUGAUUGGCCUGGAGAACGUGCUGGUGCUCACCAAGUCCGUGGUGUCCACGCCCGUGGACCUGGAGGUGAAGCUGCGCAUUGCCCAGGGCCUGAGCAAUGAGAGCUGGUCCAUCAUGAAGAACAUGGCAACAGAGCUGGGGAUCAUCCUCAUCGGAUACUUCACCCUGGUCCCGGCCAUCCAGGAGUUCUGCCUGUUCGCCGUGGUGGGGCUGGUGUCCGACUUCUUCCUGCAGAUGUUCUUCUUCACCACGGUGCUGUCCAUCGACAUCCGCCGCAUGGAGCUGGCUGACCUGAACAAGCGGCUGCCGCCCGAGUCGUGCCUGGCCGCGGCCAAGGCUCCGUGCCGGGCGCGGCCGCCGGCGCUGCGGGCGCACAGCCUGAGCCUGCAGGCGCACACCAUCACCCUGCAGCCGUCCUCGCUGCGCAACCUGCGCCUGCCCAAGCGCCUCCGCGUCAUCUACUUCUUCGCCCGCACUCGCCUGGCCCAGCGCCUCAUCAUGGCCGGGACGGUGAUCUGGAUCGGAAUCCUGGUUUACACGGAUCCUGCUGGGCUCCGCACCUACCUCACAUCCCAGGUGACGGAGCAGAGUCCCCUGGGGGACGCAGGUCUGCCUCCCAUGCCCGUUCCUGGAGGGGUCCUGCCUGCUGGGGACCCCAAGAUGGACCUGUCAGUGUUCCCGUCGGAGCCGCUCCAGCUGUCAGAGAACCAAACGCAGCAGCGGGAGCAGAAGGCGGGGCUGGAGCCGAACCAGCACACCUGGGCCCAGGGAGCCGAGGGCAGAGGGAACGGGCAGGUGGAGCUGGGAACAGAAGCAGAGGUUACCUGGGGAGCAGAGGAUGAGGAGAUCUGGAGGAAGCUUUCCUUCAGGCACUGGCCAGCCCUCUUCAGCUACUACAACAUCACCCUGGCCAAGAGGUACAUCAGCAUCCUGCCAGCCAUCCCCGUGACGCUGUACCUGAACCCUCAGGAGGCCCUGGAGGUGCGGCACCCUCAGGAGGCCUCUCGCUACCAGCCCUUCCUGGCGGGCAGGCGGGAGCCGGGGCCGCAGCCGGAGCACAGCGCGCAGCCCCGCGGCCACCAGGACGUCACCCUCUACAAGGUGGCUGCUCUGGGCCUGGCAUCAGGCAUGCUGCUGGUGCUGCUGCUCUUCUGCCUCUACCGGGUGCUGUGCCCCAAGAACUACGGGCAGAACGGGCCGGGCCGGCGCCGCCGCGGGGACCUGCCCUGCGAUGACUACGGCUACUCGCCCCCCGAGACUGAGAUCGUGCCCCUGGUCCUCAGGGGACACCUCAUGGACAUCGAGUGCCUGGCCAGUGACGGGAUGCUGCUGGUGAGCUGCUGCCUGGUGGGGCAGAUCCGCGUGUGGGACGCGCAGACGGGCGACUGCCUCACUGUCAUCCCCAAGCCCAGGCUGCGCAGGGACAGCAGCGGCAUCUUCGACUACCAGGAGGGCUGGGAUGCCAGCCCGGACGGCAAGAACGGGCUGGAGGACUCGUUUGAGAGCAGUCACCAGCUCAAACGGCUGCUGGGCCCCCCCCAGCCCCCGCUGUUCUGUGACCAGCCCGACCUCACCUCCCUCAUCGACACCAACUUCUCGGAGCACGCCAGGGCGGCCGAGUCGGAGCCGCGGCUCCGGGCCGUGGGCGCUCGCCACAAGGACUCUGGCUACGACUUCAGCAGCCUGGUUGGGAAGGUGUACGAGGAGCACGGCGGCUCCAGCUGCAGGAACAUGAACUUCCCGGGGCUCUCGGCCCCGCACGGCCCCGCCGGCUUCUCCCCCGCCUGCGGCUCCGACGAGGGCGGCUGCGGCCGCCGGCGCAGCCUCGGGGACCGGGGCCUGGGGGACGAGGCCUGCGCGGGCUGUGACAAAUCCUCGCCCCUGCCCUCCUGGGGAGGGGACCUGGAGAGCUCCAUCUGGAGCCUGGAACUGCAGGGGAACCUCAUCGUGGCUGGCAGGAGUAAUGGGAAGCUGGAGGUGUGGGAUGCCAUCGAGGGGACCCUCCGCAGCAGCAAUGAUGAAGGACAGUCCGGCAUCACUGCCCUCGUCUUCCUCAACAACAGGAUCGUGGCUGCUCGCCUGAAUGGCUCCUUGGAUUUCUUCUCUCUGGAGACACACCAGUCCUUGAACCACCUGCAGUUCCGAGGUGGGCCGGGCCGGAGCAGCCUGCCGCCGUCUCCGGAGCUGUGCCGCGGUGCCGCCGUGCGCUGCCAGCUCACUCACAGCGUGGCGUGCGCGCACCACAAACCCAUCACGGCGCUCAGGGCCGCCGCCGGCCGCCUCGUCACCGGCAGCCAGGACCACACCCUCCGCGUGUUCCGGCUGGAGGACUCGUGCUGCCUGUUCACCCUGCAGGGCCACUCGGGAGCCAUCACAGCCGUGUACAUCGACCAGACCAUGGUGCUGGCCAGCGGUGGCCAGGACGGGGCCAUCUGCCUGUGGGACGUGCUGACAGGCAGCCGUGUGAGCCACAUGUUCGCCCACCGUGGGGACGUCACCUCGCUGACCUGCACCACGUCCUGCGUCAUCAGCAGCGGCCUGGAUGACAUCAUCAGCAUCUGGGACCGCAGCUCGGGCAUCAAGCUCUACUCCAUCCAGCAGGAGCUGGGCUGCGGCGCCAGCCUGGGCGUCAUCUCCGACAACCUGCUGGUCACGGGGGGCCAGGGCUGCGUGUCCUUCUGGGACAUCGGCUACGGGGACCUGCUCCAGACCGUCUACCUGGGCAAGAGCAACGAGUCGCAGCCGGCGCGGCAGAUCCUGGUGCUGGAGAACGCCGCCAUCGUCUGCAACUUCGGCAGCGAGCUCAGCCUGGUCUACGUGCCCUCGGUGCUGGAGAAGUUGGACUGAGCAGGAGGAGGGGCCGGCGGCACUGAGGCGGGGCUCGGGGCUGGGCCGGCUCCGUGGCUCCAUCCGUGCCCGGGCGGGCUGGGGCCGCCCCUCCUGCU